AUGCCGCCUCGGAAAUACUUGUCUGGAUAUGAAAAAAGGAAAAAGAAAAAACAAGUAGAUGAACUAGUUGAAUCACAAAAAGGAGCUAUUGACAAAUUUUUCUCUAAAAGCUCAAGUAUUCCUGUUGUUAGUGAACAAUCAAAUGGAGCUUUAAGUGAUGAAAAUAUUGUUUCAAGUGAAUUCAAUAAUGAAAAUGUUUUGCCUAGUGAAACUGAAUUCACAACUGAAAAUUUUGGUGAUGAUAGGCAAUCUUUACCACAUUUUGAUAUAUAUGAACCUAGCACUUGGAAAAACCUUGAUAACAAAGAAAGGGACAUUUUAGUUGAGAAGGGAUUUGACAGAGAUUUGAAAAUUGAUUUCCCUUUAGAUGAAGAUCGCAGGCAUUUUGCAUAUACCCAUUAUUCUAGAAAAUUGAAUAAUGGAGAAACCAGUGAUCGAAAAUGGCUGAUUUACUCUAAACUUGUCGAUAAAGUGUUUUGCUUUUGUUGCAAAUUGUUCAAAUCUAAUAGCAAUACAACUUUAUUAGCAAAUGAUGGAUUGAGAGACUGGAAAAAUAUUUGCAAGAGACUAUCUGACCAUGAAAAUAGUAUUGAGCAUAUGACUAACAUGAACUCUUGGAAUGAGCUUAGAUUAAGGUUGAGUAAAAAUCAAACAAUUGAUAAAGACUUGCAAAAGCAUAUUAUGCAAGAAAAGGAACGAUGGCGGCAAGUUUUGGUUAGAAUAGUAGCUGUGAUAAAAUGCCUUGCUAAAAACAAUUUGGCUUUUCGAGGAUCUAAUGAGAAACUCUAUCAAAAUAGCAAUGGAAAUUUUUUGGGACUUGUGGAGAUGAUUGCAGAAUUUGAUCCAAUAAUGCAAGAUCAUGUUAGGCGUAUUGAAAAUCAUGAAGUUCAUUAUCAUUAUCUUAGCCACAAAAUUCAAAAUGAAUUAAUUUCUCGUCUAGGCCAUACUGUUAGAAGUUCUAUCAUAAAAAAAAUCAAAGAAACAAAAUACUUUUCUGUAAUUCUUGAUUGUACUCCAGAUAUAAGUCAUCAAGAACAAAUGGUCCUAGUUGUACGUUGUGUGAAUAUGUCCAGUAAUCAAAUAAAGAUAGAAGAGUACUUCUUGGAAUUUGUGAAGGUAGAUGAUACAUCUGGACUGGGGCUCUUUAAUGAAUUGUUAAGUUUCUUCAUUUACUGUGAAAUCUUUGUGUAA